AUGCAAACAGAGGCCUGUCGAAUUCCAAUAACAGGUGAUCAUCACGACUUGGAGACAUACCAGGGAAAUAAGGAGGACGAGGUAAGUUUAGGAUGCCUUAGCAUCUACAACGCACGUAAGAACGGAACGAAGACGCUGUCACGUCUCACCUCCUCACUCUACUUCCUCGAUAUUUCUUUAAGUGAGAAGGUCUACCUCCUCGUGGAAUCAGCUAAUCAGACACUAUGCCACAUUCCAGUCGAGUUUGGAGCUAUCUCAGUAUCUACAACGCAAUUUGGAAGGGAGAAAAGACAGUGCCUCGUCUUAGCCGCCCGUCCUACUUCUGUAACUACCCUGACAGAAGGGUUAAAAAUGGCGUCUACAUGCGACAGCUACUUCAGUGCCACUUCCUCCAAGAAUUCCGCUAACAACUGA